AUGUUCUCAUUUUCGAAGUCGCAGAUUUCCAAUGUCAACGGCCGGUUACUGAUGCACAAGACGCCACCAUCAUUGAUUGUCAACGAUCCGAUGUGUGGUAAUGGCUUCCGGGAGAGAACAAGCAGUUGGGAUAUCAGGGCAUUCUUCGCCAAGCCACGCAUAAGUAGCCGCUUCACAUCGAACUUUUUCAUCCCCGUGAUCAGGGCUAGCAGGCUUAUACGGGAGGUCAACGCUUGCAAAGCACUUACAGUCUCAUUCUGCCUUGCCUCUGAUUAUUUAUUCGUAAAAUCACUACCACGAGCUAGUCCGAUUGGGUGGCCAGGAAAGCAAAGUAGUAGCCUAGCGAGCAGGCGGCGGCCUCAGCCCACACUCGUCAAAUUGGGACGAAAUAAUCUACUUCCAACUCGGACUUUUGUCGACAGGACGGACAGACGGCAAACCUCUUUACCACCUCGCCAAACUAACCACAACAGGGUCAAGAUGAGUCACCGGAAAUUCGAAGCCCCUCGGCACGGCUCUCUUGCCUUCCUUCCGAGGAAGCGCAGUGCGAGACAUCGGGGAAAGGUUAAGAGCUUCCCCAAAGAUGACCCCAAGAAGCCGGUCCACCUCACUGCCGCCAUGGGCUACAAGGCUGGCAUGACCACCACCGUCCGCGACCUUGAGCGUCCUGGUGCCAAGAUGCACAAGAAGGAGAUUGUCGAAGCUGUCACCAUUGUUGAGACACCUCCGAUGAUCGCUGUUGGUGUUGUUGGAUAUAUUGAGACUCCCCGAGGCCUCCGAUCCCUCACAACCGUUUGGGCCGAGCACUUGAGCGACGAGGUCAAGAGACGAUUCUACAAGAACUGGUACAAGAGCAAGAAGAAGGCCUUUACGAAAUAUGCCAAGAACCACUCUGAGAACAAAGGUGCCUCCGUCGCGCGUGAACUCGAGAGAAUCAAGAAAUACUGCACUGUCGUCCGUCUGCUCGCCCACACCCAGAUCCGCAAGACCCCGCUCAAACAGAAGAAGGCCCACCUCAUGGAAGUCCAAGUGAACGGCGGCAGCGUCGCUGACAAGGUCGAUUUCGCUCACGGCCUGUUUGAGAAGCCCAUUGAGAUUGAUACCAUCUUCGAGAAGGAUGAGAUGAUCGAUGUCAUUGCAGUUACCAAGGGCCAUGGAUUCAAUGGCGUCACUAGCCGAUGGGGAACCAAGAAGCUUCCUCGCAAAACGCACAAGGGUCUGCGAAAGGUUGCUUGUAUUGGUGCCUGGCAUCCGUCACACGUCCAAUGGACUGUUGCCCGAGCUGGUCAAGACGGUUAUCACCACAGAACCUCCUGCAACCACAAGAUCUACCGUAUCGGCAAGGGUUCCGAUGAGGGCAACGCCUCGACUGAAUUCGACGUUUCGAAGAAGCAGAUUACACCAAUGGGCGGCUUUGUCCGAUAUGGCGAGGUCAAGAACGACUACGUCAUGAUCAAGGGAUCCGUCCCCGGUGUCAAGAAGCGGGUUCUCACUCUGAGAAAGACGCUUUACCCACAGGUCAGCCGCAGGGCGUUGGAGAAGGUCGAGUUGAAAUGGAUCGACACCUCGUCGAAGUUCGGGCACGGAGCAUUCCAGACGCCAGCCGAAAAGCGGGCCUUCAUGGGCACCCUCAAGAAGGAUCUUGUUACUGCUGCAUGAAUUUCCUAAUAAAGAAAAUCAAGAUAUUAAAAUAUUCUGGUUCUGUUUCCAUUUUAUGCUGGCCUAGCUUCUGUCAGACUUACUUGCCUUGUUAUUACCUUUUUUUCCCCCUCAAUCGGUCGGUGCAGGUGCAAAUGAAUAUUUCUUUUCCACUUCUUAUUGAUAUAAUCAAUACCUGAUAACUUCCCCAUUUCAUCUGCCCUUGCCGCUCGUUUCAUUACGCCUGAAUAAAAUGAGAGUGUAAGAAGCUUUUGCGGGCAAGGUAUAAGUGAAGACAAAUGGAGUCUGGUAAAGGAUGAGACCAAUCAUCCUGCACCGUAAAAACCCGCAAACAAAAGUAGCCUGUUCUCUUGAUGCCUUGUUGUUCUUGGACCGAUCUACCUUUUUAUAGCCGCCCGGAGUGAAGCUUCAUAGAAUCCGUCUGAUGUACGCCGUUCACUGCCAGCGAUUUCCUUGCCUUGUAUAGAUACGCAAAUAAUACAAUGCGCCAUCUUUC